AAGUGCACCAUCGUGACAGAGCCGUGCAGGAUAGCAGCAGCGAGCGCAAUCCCGCGAGCUCGCAACGCAGCAACACAUCCCACGGCAAAGCGGCAUCGCAAAGCAGCGCGGCAUCGCAAACCUGCGAAAAUUGGGCUACGCAAUCGAUGAUAUUUCCGGCUCCUUGCGUCAUCAUCGCCCGCCGCGCGUUGCGGGGGUCGGCCCAAAUUGCUACCACUGGCAGUAGUAGUAACUUGUAUGUAGAAGGUUUCUAAUAACGCGGUGGUUUCUGUUUGCUCGAAGUAACGGCCCUUUUUUUUAUAGUUCUAGCAUUUUUGCGAUGCGCGAUCCGAUCGUCACGAGGAUGUGGUAGGGGCUAGUAUUAGUGGCAGUACUACUGCUAGUAGUACCGUACUACUAGUCCUAGUACAGCUACUAGUCAUAAAAGGACUACUACUACAAUCAUUGCGGCGGCAUCUACAAAGUGGGUGUGACGCCGCGUCGGUCGCGCGGCGGCAAGCCAGCGCACCGCGGCCGCAGAUUCGCAGCCGCGCCAGCAGUGGCCGAAUUUCGAGUCAAAACGAGCUCAAGUCCUCGGAACUUAUAUUGCGUACUAGUCUACGCAGUAAUAACUCCGAACUCUAGUAAGACUACUGAAACGAGCCCUGAUCUGCCACUACUACUACUAAUAGUACUACUACUUCCUAAUUCUGCCUGGACGUGAGCACUUGAACUUCAAAAUCGCCGGAUGAUCCGGUGAUCCGGGAGACGCGGUGGUGAUGGAAAUCGACAACUUGAAGACACGCGGCGGCGGCGGCGGCGGCGGCGACCGGCAUGCCGCCGCUAUAGCAGAUCCUGCCGCAGCCGCCCCUGCCGUUGCCACUGCCGGUGCUGCCACUGCCGCUGCUAGUACCGUCACUGCCACUGGCACCCAUCCGCCUGUUGCUCCUGCUGCCGCUGCAGACGCCGCCCCUCCUGCGCCUGCUGCUGCUGCAGUUGUCCCUCCUGUUGUUCAGCAGCAGCAGCAGAUGGCUGGGCGGCCCAGCCAGCCUGUGGCUGGCAAUAGCACCUCCGUUUGUACUUCUAGUUGCACCAGAGUAGUACGCAAAACCAUGAGCUCCGUCGGAAGAAAAGAUCGGCAGGCGCGAGGGGAGCAUGUGGGAAGUGGGGCCACUACUAGUGGGGCAGUAAGUAGAGCAACGCUGAAGAGGAAAAGGGAAGGGAGUGAGGGGGUGAGCGGAGGGGAGGGGAGAGAAGUGGAGGAGGGAGAAUUGGUGGAGGAGGAUGGGGAGAGUGAGGGAGAGGAUGGGGCGGCGCAGGGGAGAUUGGGCGGAGAGGGGAUGGCGGAGGGGAGGGGGAUGGGGAGAGGGCGGACGGGGAGAGAAGUCACCAUGAUGCUGCCGGCGCUAGGACAGGUGCAAGAUGACAGGGGGGAAGGGGACGAAGGAGAGUGGAGGAGGAGAAGAGGGUUGAGUGGAAGGGCGGUGAGGGAAACCGGAGAGGGAAAGGCGAGGGUUGCGGAAUGGGGAGGUGGUUCGGAGGCGGGAGCAAGGGCGAAGGGGGAGGGGAGCGGAGCGGACAAAGCGGAAGCGGAGGAGGUGGGUGUGGGGCGAGAGGGGGCCGUGGCAGCGCGGAGGGUAACAGAAAUAGCAGCGCUUGCACCAGCAGCAGUCUUAGCAGCAGCAGCAGCAACAGCAGCAGCACCAGCAGCAGCACCAGCAGCAGCACCAGCAACACCAGCACCACCACAAGCAGCACCACCACAACCAGCGGCAUCACAAUUGGUAGCAGCAACAGCAGCAGCCGCCGCAGCACCACAACCACCAAAACGACAGCUGGCAUUAGCAGCCAAAGGGACAGCAGUGCAAGCAGCAGCAGCUGGAGCAGCGUUGAUAGUCUCACCAGCAACGACACCACUAUCACCAGCAGCAGCAGCAGCACCACCACCACCACCAGGGGCACCAUCAAAAGCAGCAGCUGUUGCAGCAGCAGCGGAGGCACGAGCAGGGCUCAUUCACGAGGAGAGCCAGAGGAGGGAACCCCCUCCUCCCGGCACGGAGCUGCCCACAGAGCUGCAGCAGCAGCUGCCACAUCACGCCUUCUCUUCCCCUCCGCUCCAGGCUCAUCCCUCACACCAUCACUUUCCCGAUGCUCCCCCCCAUACCUCCCCCCAUGCCUCCCCCCAUACCUCCCCCCAUACGUCCCCCCAUACCUUCCCCCAUACCUCCUCCCGUCCCUCCGCUCACCUCUCCGCCAACACCUUUCCCCAUCCCUCGGCCAACACCUUUCCCCAUCCCACCGCCCAUCCUCCCCCCAUCCCCCUUCCCACCCCUCCUCACAUCACUGGACUCCCCACUCCGAACCAGUCACUCAUCCAUCCUUCCAUCUUUCCGCCUAUCCUCCCCCCAUCCUCCCCCCCAUCCUCCCCCCCAUCCUCCCCCCCAUACCUCAGCCCACCACUCAAUGCAUUCUCCCAGGCAUCACUCCCCCUAUUCCCCCCCCGCGCAUCACCCCCCCCCACAUCACCCCUCCGCGCAUUCCCCCCGCCCCUCAGCGCAUCCUUCCCCCGCCCAUUGGAUCCAGACUGCCCAUAUCCCCCUCCCUUUAUCCGGCUCUCCGAUCCUCCUGCUUGUCCUGCAACCGUCCACCCCCUCUCAAAACGCCCCCAUUCAUCCCUAUUCAUACCCUUAUCCACACUCUUACCCACAACCUUACCCACAGUCCUACCCACACCCAUCCCACCCACCGCUCCCCUCGUCAUUUCCCUCCUCUCUUUCCUCCUCACUACCCUCUGCGCACCCCUCCGCACUCCCCCCUUCUCAUCCCCCUCCUCCCCCUCCACUCCCACCUCCUUCGGUCCCAAUUCCUCCUGUUGUCACCGCCACCGUCCCUCCCACCUCCUACACACUAUCCCCGCCUAUGCCGCUCUCUAUGCACCAACUCCCGUCACUGUCAGCAGCAGCAGCAGCAGCAGCAGCAGGAGCAGCAGGAGCAGCAGCAGCACCACCACCACCACCACCAGCAGCACCAGCACCCCCACCACCACUACAGGCACCAGUAGUGCCGCUUUCCUGCCUGCCAUGUCCGGCUGUGUCUCCUCACUGCCGUUGCUGCCCGCACUACAGAGACAUUGCACAAACAGGAACGCACGCAACAGCGCCAGCAGCAGAGGCAACAGCACCAGCACCAGUACCACCAGGAGCAGCAGCAUCAGCAGCAUCAGCAGCAGCAGCAGCAGCAGCAGCAGCAGCAACAGCACCAGCGCCACCAGCACGAUCGGUCUUCCCAGAAGCACAAGCAGCAGCAGAAGUAGUUGCAGCAUCAAUGGUACCAUUGCAGCAGCAGGGGGCAACAGAGGCCGUUGGCUCUUUUUCAGAGCCUUGGCAGUCCAACACCCACCAAGCACCAGCAGAGCGCCACCUGCUGCGAUCUCAACCGCAGUCAACGAGUCAACCGCAGUCAACGGGUCAGAAGCAGUCAGCAAGUCAGCUUCAGUUCCGUCAGACAGCUCCACACCAGUCCUCAAGCCGAGUAGCUGCCCUCCCGUCGCCCCAAGGAACGAACUCGCUCUGACCCUCUCCCUCACACCAAGAGGCAGCGCUCAAUCCCCGCACCCUCCUCUGCUCUCUUGUACGGACCCUCGGCACCCCCCUGCACUGGCUGUUGAGUCGACUCAAUAUUCGCUCACCCGCAGUGACUCCCAGCAGCCCCCCGCAUUGGCAUUUGAGCCGACUCAAAACCUGCUCUCAUGUAUUAACCCUAGGCACCCCUCUGCACCGGCAAAUGCACGAUCGAACCCCGCUCACGCAUCGACAGACGACAGAAUUGGAGAAAGGGAUACGAGAGGAGAGGCGGGAGGGGGAACAGGUGGGGGGAAAGGAGGGGAGACAGGGGGGAGGGCAGGUGGGGGGACUGGCGGGGGAACAGGAGGAGAGACAGGAAGAGCAGCCGGCGGAGAAGAAGAAGGAGCAAAAGCAGGAGCAGCCCCCGUUGCGGGUGGGCCUGUGGAAAGGUUGGGUCGAGAGGACGAAGGGGCCGGGACGGCAGGUGCGCAGGAUGUGACGCAGCAACGGUACGAGCAGCAGAUGCAGCAGCCGCAGCAGCAGCAGCAGCAGCAGCAGCAGCAGCAGCAGCAGGAGGCAAAGCAGCAGGACGAGAAAGUCGAGUUUAAGGGGGGGAGAGGAGAGCUUUCAGAGGAGAGAAGGGGUGGAAGGGAGGGCGACAGAGGGUUAGAAGAAUGGCGGGGCGGAGGACAGACGGCGCAGGUAGAGGCUCUUCUGGAGAGAGGGGCAGCAGGAGGAGGAGGAGGAAGAGGAGGCGAGGCGGACUACAGAGCACCACAGCACUUGUUCGCAUGCCCACACCCUGUGAAGCCACAGGAAGAAGGCAUGGCACAGGAGGAAGGCACAAGGAACACAAUGACCUUGCUCGAGUCACCCAGCGCACGUACUACUAGCCCUCAAGAGGAUGCAAGCCGCUUAUCCGAGCCCGCUCCAGCCGCCUCUAGAAUGGCAGAGAGAGACAGAGACAGAGACAGGGAGAGGGAGGGGGAGGGGGAGAAACAGAGAAGGGUCUUCUUUCCUGCUGUUCAUAUGGACACACGGAGCGUUACCGAGCCUGCAGCUACGCAGAUCGCUUUUGAGUCGACUCAAAAGCCUGCAGCUAUGCAGAUCGACUCACGGAGCGUUACCGAGCCUCUUCCUCGGCCCGUGGGCUCUAGAAGUCUGUCUCCUGGCGGCCUGUCGCUGUCUCUCAGCCGCUCUGCCUCCUCCCCUAUCUCCCUCUCUUCGUCUCCCGUCCGCACGUUGCCUAAGGGCACUCCGCCGACUGCCGAGGGGCCGUUGCUUGGGGCAAGGGCACGGGCAAGGGCAAGGGAAGUGGCAGAGGGAGUGGGAGCGGGAGGGGUGCCCAUGCUUGGUUAUGCUACAACUGCCACAGCAGCAGCAGCAGCAGCAGCAACAACAGCUGCAGCAGCAGGAUCUGUGGUGGUGGCAGCAGCAGCAGCAGAGCGCGCAUCGGCAGCAGCAGCAGCAACGUGUGGGCAGCCGCAAGAACAGCUACAGUCACAACCACAAACACAGCCACAACCGCAACUGCAAGCACAACCACCACCACCAGCAGCAGCACCAGCAGCACUAUCACCAGCGCUAAUGCGUGUGGGAACACCGCUGCUAGUCCUCCCCACGAGCUCCUCCCUCUCCUCAAGAUCACCCAGCAGACCCAUGCUGGUUUCACCCAGCAGAUCCAUGCAGCCAAAGGCACUGCUGUCCAUGGCGCCAGUCCUCCCCCCUGCAACACACGCGGCUGGGGCAGUGCCUGUUUUUCAGGCGGCUCAAGAACACCCUCCUGCAGCCCACGCGAUUGGGGCAGUACCAAGUGCCAUUGAAGUUAGAGGUGCAGAAAGGGGAGGAGAGAGGGGAGGCGAGGGAGGAGGAAAACGAGGGGAUGAGAGAGGAGUAGAGGGAAGAGAGGGGAAAGGGGUUUACUGGAGUGGAGUUGGAAGAGAGGGGAAGGGUGUGCAUUCGGAAGGAGAGGGGAGAAAGGCGUCUUGGGAGCCUGGCCCACCGUCCCCUGCUGCUGCUGCUGCUGCGUCUACUCCUGCUGCUGCUAGUAGUGGUGGUGGCUGGGUGGGGGAAGGAGCUGGGAGACUAGCGGUGCAUGGCGGUGGCAACUCGUUCGUGUAUGCUGCAGCUGGUGGGAAUGCGGUGGGGCAGGGGCAUGGUGCAAUGAGUGCGGUGGGCCAUGGAGUUAUUGGUCCAGUGGCGCAUGGGAGUGGGAGUGCCCCGUCGCGUGUGCGAGUCCUGUGCUCAAGCUACGCAGGGCAGCAGAUCGAGGGGGAGUUACAGGAGACAGACGGAGGGCGUUUGGUGAUUCGCUGCGACUGCCACGGCUCCCAGAUGUCUCUCACUCGCUUCACACAGCAUGCAGGGCGGGAGGAUCGUAACCCCGGAACGACGAUUUUCGUGGAAGGGAAGACCCUGGCACAGUGGCGCAAGGAGAGACGUAGCAGCCUCGCUCCCCCCUGCACCCCCCCACCUCCUCCUCCUCCUCCUGCUGCUCCUGCUCCCACUGCUCCUGCUCCUGCCCCUGCUCCUGCCCCUCCCGCCCAUCCCGCACCUCCCGCCCAUCCUGCCCCUGCUGCUCCUGCUGCUGCUGCUGCUGCUGUUGCUGCUCCUUCCACUCAUCCACCCCACCUUACACCGCAUUUUCCCCCUCCACCUCACUUCCCGCCUCCCUCGUUCCCUCUCCCUCACCUGUUCUCUCCCGCCUUACAUGCCCCUAGGCAGCCCCUUACUUUCGCCCUCCCCUCCCACCCCCUCCCCUCGGACCCCCUCCUUCACUUACCUGACGUCAAGCCACCCAUUACCAUGGGCACUAUGAGCAAUACUUGCUCUACCAACCCCGCAAUAGCUGCUCAUACUCCUACCCGUCACUUCGCUACCACCCUCCCUGCCACCCACGCUGCCAGCCACACUGCAAUACCGUUUAUCUCCCUUGCUGCACCUAAUGCCCCUGCUGCUCCGCACACUUCCACUGUCCCGGAUGCUGCUGCUGCUGUUGCUUCUGCUGCUACUGCCGCCACUCCAGUGGUGCCCGACGACUGCUGGCCGCUCAGCCUCUCCUGCUCUCCCCGCUCCUCAUAGCAACACCAGACCGCCAGGGGGGGUCCUCACUCAUAGUCAAACGUCGGAUAUUUUUUAGGCGCCUCACAAAUAGACAUCAGGCACCCGAUUGGUUGUUGGAUCCCAAGACAGCAGCAGCAGCAGCAGCAGUUGCCGCCUUGCUGAUGCUACAGUGGAUGGGCUGUGCUCAACAAGAGCAACAUUGACCUGUGGCCUUGGCUGCAACAUUGACAGCAACAGUCUGCAGUUGCAGCAGCAAUAAACGAAGGCACCAACCACCUUUCUGAAAUCACCGCACCAACGGCAGCACAGGCCAUACACCAGUCUCAGCCACCCCUAAAACACCAUCAUUCUUUCAAUUCUAUACCCAAUCAUCUAUGCCUGAAGCUUAGUGCUCUCUUGUAGAGGAAUCCUGAGGAGGCCCUAGCUGGCCACUCAGCAAAUCUAGAUAUAGGUGUUAUAAAUGGUUCUUGCUAGUGAAGGACCAAUUCCAAGCCCUGUAAUGAAAUUGCUGAAAUAGA